GCUUAGGGAGAGUGCAAGGCUUCACUUUCCCUCGCGAAGCGGCGAAGAGGGGGGUUAGAUCACUGCAUCGGUAUCGGCAAUGUCGAGGGACUCGAGGCAGGAGCUGUGCACGGUGGAGGCAUGCGGCAAUGGCGGCCCGGGGGCGAAUUCGAUCCCACCCGUGCUCUCGAAUCCGAGUUCGAACGCGAAGUGCAACCCGAACUCGAACUCAAGCGCCCAGUUGGGUAACUUGGGUUCAUAUGGGCAAUUGUUCGAGCCUGCGCAACCACGGCCUCGGAGUCCGCUGUGCAGGCGUCCUGAUCCCUUCGAUCUCGGAUUGAGAGAGCCUUUUCUCCCGCCCGCGGGUUCGGCCGAUCAAGACCAAGAAGAGCAAGAUGAACUUGAUGAAGAGCCAAUCCCGCCCCCCGCCACGUGGCAGGGGGAGUGCCAUGACCAUUAUUGCCACCGUGCUCCGUGGCUGCGCGCCGGGAUUCUUGGUGCUAACGAUGGUCUUGUCUCCGUUGCGGCAUUGAUUAUGGGGACCCGCGCCGUUGAUCCCGACUUCAGAUCCAUGCUUAUGGCCAGUCUGGCGGCACUGAUUGCCGGCGCCUGCAGUAUGGCCGUGGGGGAGUAUAUCUCCGUCCAUUGUCAGCGAGACACGGAGAUUGCUGAUCUGGAGAAGGAGAGAGAGGAGCACGAGAAGGGACCGGAGGCCCGAGCUCUCGAGCUCGACGAACUUACUGGGAUAUACAUAAAGCGGGGGCUUAGCCCAACCCUUGCCCGGAAAGUGGCUGAGGAGUUGACACGUGUAGAUCCCAUUAGAGCUCAUGCACGCGAUGAGCUGGGCAUCGACAUCGACAAUCUGGCUAAUCCCCUGCAGGCGGCCAUAGCCUCGGCCGUGUCUUUCUUCAGCGGAGGGAUCAUUCCUGUACUUGCAUGUGUGCUGACACCAGUUGCGGUCCCGGCGCGAACUCUGGUCGUUAUUAUGGUUUGCGUAAUUGCCCUGGCGGCAUCGGGCGCGCUGGGAGCGCGUCUCGGGGGGGCCAGCGCGUUUGUGCCGGCGGUGAGAGUCACAGUGGGAGGGCUGCUGGCAAUGGGAAUAACGUACGGCGUCGUCCGAGUAUGUGGACAAAGGGUGUGACUGUGACACAGUGACUCUCAGUUGGCCCUUUCGAAAGAGCCACCGUGACGCGCCUGUCACUGAGC